GCCAGAGCGGGUGGCCGCUCUCCAUGGGGCUGAGGGGCUGGCUGAGGACCGUGUGCUGCUGCUGCUGCCCCGGCAAGUGCCUGGAGGAGCCCGCCCUGCCCGAGAAGGAGCCCCUGGUCAGUGGCAACAAUCCGUAUUCCUCAUUUGGAGCAACUCUGGCAAGGGAUGAUGAAAAGAACUUAUGGAGUCUGCCUCAUGACGUGUCCCACACAGAGGCUGACGAUGACAGAAUCCUGUACAAUCUGAUAGUCAUUCGUAAUCAGCAGGCAAAGGACUCUGAGGAAUGGCAAAAACUCAACUAUGAUAUCUAUUCCUUGCGGCAGAUUCGAAGGGAAGUGAGAAACAGAUGGAAACGCAUUUUAGAAGAUUUAGGUUUUCAAAAGGAAGCAGACUCUUUGUUGUCUGUGACCAAACUCAGCACCAUCAGUGAUUCCAAAAACACCAGGAAGGCUCGAGAGAUGUUGUUAAAACUGGCUGAAGAGACCAACAUUUUCCCAACAAAUUGGGAGCUUUCGGAAAGAUAUCUCUUUGUUGUGGACCGUCUCAUUGCUCUUGAUGCCGCGGAAGAAUUCUUUAAAAUUGCUAGUCAGACUUACCCCAGGAGGCCUGGAGUCCCCUGCCUGGCAGGUGGCCGGAAGGAACCUCACUACUGUCCAUUUCCAAGUCCCUAAAGGAACACUCAGUUCUUCACUGGGAUUCAACAACUACCUAAAUUGGACAACUGUGUGUCAAAGAGAGUGGACAAGUACAGGGCUUGCUAAUGAAAAAAUUAUUCUGAAUUCUACAAAUAUGUGAGGCCGGCUGGCACUGCGGCUCACUAGGCUAAUCCUCUGCCUGCGGCGCCAGCACCCUGGGUUCUAGUCCUGGUUGGGGCACUGGGUACUAGUCCCGGUUGCUCCUCUUCCAGUCCAGUUCUCUGCUGUGGCCCGGGAGUGCAGUGCAGGAUGGCCCAGGUCCUUGGGCCCUGCACCCGCAUGGGAGACCAGGAGGAAGCACCUGGCUCCUGGCUUCGGAUUGGUGCAGCAUGCUGGCUGCAACGCGCCGGCCAUAGUGGCCACUUCGGGGGUGAACCAACGGCAAAGGAAGACCUUUCUCUCUGUCUCUCUCUCUUUCUCUCUCUCACUGUAUAACUUUGCCUCUCAAAAUAAAUAAAUAAUUAAAUAAACAAAUAUGUGCGGCCACCCUGAAGACCUUACCCUCUGAAAUGUUCUGGUUGCAUUGAAACACCCUGGUGACCUUUCAAUGAGAGAAAACUGGUCAAUGAGAUAAUUCAUUAUGGAUGGUUAGAUUCCAAAAGACCAGUACUCCAGUUUGAGUUGUGCAAUAUGCUCCAAUAAUUAAUCCUAUUUGGAGAGUGGAAUAUUUUAAUUAAUAAAAAUAAUGAAAUUAAUACAGCUAUCAUUGAACCCAAACAUAGGUUACCAAUUUUCAAAUAAUUAUGAAAUACAGACUGAUCCCCAAUAGUACUAGGUAUUAUGUGACCUCUCUUUGAUUUGGAAGAAUCUGGAGAACCUUAGAAGAUAUCUCAGGCAUUAUUUUUAGUAUCAAAUGUGAUUAUUCAGAAGUAGGUAUAUAUCACUUCUCAGCCUUUUGGCUAAGAUCAAGUGCAGAAGUAGGCAUGUAAUAGAGAGUAGAAAUGUCUAGGUGUACUGCCCAGAAGUGAGUUUUAAAUAGUUCCCCUUCACUUGUGGUCAGUGCAUCUCGAAUUCCCAUUGUUAUUGAUAUCUAGUUGCCUUAUUUUUGCAUACCAUCCAUUUCUGGUCCCAAAGCUCUUGACAUUUUAUCCAGGAUAACAUCUGUAAACUGAAAUGUUUCACCUCUUCUUCCUUCUCAUUUUUAAUCUGUUUCCAGCUUACUGUCUGAGAGUUGCACCUGCUCAGGGAUCACUCAUGCAGACUUGGAGCUAUGCAAUCAGAGCUGCCUCGAAGGAGGUCACUGCUGAACUUGAACUUUCUUCUAUGCUGGAGACGAUUUUCAGAAUGGAGCAGUGCUACCAAUGCGGCUUGCUUCUGUCCACACAUGGAGUCUAGCGUCACAAGUUACUUGCUGCUCAAGCAGGGAGCUUGCCAAGAUCCUGGUUCAUUUUACUGAAAAGACUUUAAGAACUUGUAGAAUUUAUUAGUAGAUUGCUGAGAGCAAUAGAAAUAUUUUUAUUUUUACAGAUUUUGCAAUUCUGACUUCAGGUUAAAAGCUAACUUGUAUUUAGUCCGGGGGAUUGUGAGUUGAAAAUUUUCAUAUCCUGAUUAACAUUUUUUGGUAGCACACACAGUGUUUAAAAUAUUUCCUAAAAGAGGUUGAUGUUACCCAUUUUCAUUGCAAACUCUUUUUUUUUUGCAGAUCAAUUUAACUGUCAUAUUUCAGGAAAAUUCCACCAAGUUCAAUGAAUUAGCUGGGAAUUUUAUUUUUUAUAUUUAGUGCUUAAUCUCUGUCUAAUGUUAAGAUUAGCCUUCAGAUAUUUUGCAUCACUUCUGUAGGCUUUUGGAAUAUAAACAUCAAGAGUGAAACAAACAAUAAAAUUAUCAGAAAACCUUAGAA